GGUCAGCUGGUGCUGGCGUCAGGUGGAGGGAUGGGCUGGCUCAGCUCUACCCGGCAGUGCUUGUUUACUAUGGCUGAUGAUCUGGAGCAGCAGCCUCAAGGCUGGCUGAGUAGCUGGCUGCCCACUUGGCGCCCCACGUCUAUGUCACAGCUGAAGAAUGUGGAAGCCAGGAUCCUCCAGUGUCUCCAGAACAAGUUUCUGGCCCGAUAUGUGUCCCUCCCAAACCAGAACAAGAUCUGGACGGUGACCGUGAGCCCCGAGAUAAAGGACCGCACCCCGCUGGUAAUGGUGCAUGGAUUCGGGGGCGGGGUGGGCCUCUGGAUCCUCAACAUGGAUUCACUGAGUGCCCGCCGCACACUGCACACCUUUGAUCUGCUUGGCUUUGGGCGAAGCUCAAGGCCAGCAUUUCCGAGGGACCCAGAGGGGGCCGAGGAUGAGUUUGUAACCUCAAUAGAGACAUGGCGGGAGACCAUGGGGAUCCCCAACAUGAUCCUCCUGGGACACAGUCUAGGAGGAUUCCUGGCCACUUCUUACUCUAUCAAGUACCCUGAAAGAGUUAAACACCUCAUCCUGGUGGACCCAUGGGGCUUUCCCCUCCGACCGACUGACCCCAGUGAGAUCCGGGCACCCCCAACCUGGCUCAAGGCUGUGGCCUCUGUCCUAGGGCGUUCCAAUCCAUUGGCUGUUCUUCGAGUAGCUGGGCCCUGGGGGCCUGGCCUGGUUCAGCGAUUCCGGCCAGACUUCAAGCGCAAGUUUGCAGACUUUUUUGAAGAUGAUACCAUAUCAGAAUAUAUCUACCACUGCAAUGCACAGAAUCCCAGUGGUGAGACGGCGUUCAAAGCCAUGAUGGAGUCCUUUGGCUGGGCCCGGCGCCCCAUGUUGGAGCGAAUUCACUUGAUUCGAAAAGAUGUGCCAAUCACCAUGAUCUAUGGGGCUAAUACCUGGAUAGAUACCAGCACAGGGAAAAAAGUGAAGCUGCAGCGGCCAGAUUCUUAUGUCCGGGACAUGGAGAUUGAGGGUGCCUCACACCACGUCUAUGCUGACCAGCCACACAUCUUCAAUGCUGUGGUGGAAGAGAUCUGCAACUCAGUUGAUUGAGCUGCUCUGCCUAGAGGAAGAGGAGAAAGCCAGAGAGAGUCGCUCUCGCCUCCCUGUCUGCGUACCCCUUCUGUCCUUUCCCUCAUUGACUAACGUGGCAGCCAGGCAGAGUCUUAGUCUGUCCCCAGGGCAGGACCACAGUGAAAAAGAGCACUCCUGACCCCAUGCUGAGGGCUGGAGGCAGAAGCCACUAGAGGCCUUGGGCUCCCCAUCCCAGAAAAGAACAUGAAGGAUUGCAUAAUGCCACUCCAUUCUCUCCAAGCCAAGUGUUAGCCAGAUGAUGAUUGUGAAGGAAUCGCACUGAGCCAUUCCCUCCCUGUGCCAAAGGGAGGGUGACCUCUCUUCCUUGGGCAAAGGAGAGGUUCCCAGCAUCCUUUCCCAGCUCUGGAGUGUUUGUGGGGAUAGGUUCAAGCAAGAACAUCUUCCUGCAUCACCUGCUCACCCCUAUCCCAUGCCAGUUCCAUCAAGGGCCUGGUUGGGACCAGUUUCCACUUAACUACCAAGAGCUGGUCCUAGAGCUCCCUUGACCUUCAGAUGCCCUUCCAUAACCUGAGAGGUCAUAUCUAAAACCUUCACUGACAGAUGAGGAAACAGGCCUAAGGCAGGAUAUGGCUGCCCCAUGGUCACACGGCUCUGUGAGAUACGAGUCCAUGGCAGAGCUAAGGCUAGAACCCAGGUCUGCUGAUACCCAGUGCUCAUUGCAGACUCCAUUUGCUAAGCCUCCAGGCAGGCAUCAUUGCCAUGUGACUGGUCCUGGUCACUGGCUAAGGACAAGCCCACCCCAUCCCCACAUUGCAGUCCCAUUGUGCAGGGGUGCUGUUGUCCUACCCUAUGUCUCAGCUCUGGCUGCCUAAGCCAGGGACACUCAAGUGUUUCCUUCCUUGCCCCCGCUUUCUCCCAACUGGGAGGCCUCUGGGCCUGUCUCUGUGCCUUGGGCUGAAGCCUCACAUCUAGUAUAGAGCAAGGGUGGCCCCUGGUGGAGAGAGGGGAAAAGGCCCUUCAACCUAAUAGCCAUGUCUGGAUUCCCCCUGCCCACUAGUAUCCACAGGGCUUUUCUACCUGCCCUAGAGCUGAGGCCCACCUGAGCCCCUGCCCAGGGUCCACUGGGGAGCCUUGAGCAAGCAGAGUCCCCUGUCCUCAUCAGCUACAAGAUGGUUCUCACGGCCUGACCUCCAUCUCUGCAUCUGUCCCCAGGGUCCCCAGCUCUCUCCUACCUCCAACCUACCUGUCUGCCCUCUCCCUGGGGCUGGUUCCAGGUGCAGCUCCGAGGUUCUGUGUAGUUGGCUGGGCCUGGCCCUCAGAACCAGCGCAGCUCCUGCCUGCUCCUUCACUUUUAUAAAGCCAACCCUCUCACCAGUAUAGUAUUAACUUCUGGUGCUUUGUACUACUGGUCCAUCUGCCUUGGGCGCCUUUUGUAUAUUAAUAAAGAAAUGAGUGAAAACUGCUGGCAGUGAUGAUGUUUAAUAUUGCUCUGACAUGAGUGCUGGGGAUAGUACUGAAUUCACAGCAGCCCCUGUGAUGCCUCAGUUAGAAGGUAGCCCCAAGAGGUACCGGCAUACACCCCACUCCCUCUCCCAUUAUUGCAGUAUUUGCUUGCUCUAGCCCAGCCCAGACUCCAGGUCAGCACAGCAUGUGCAAAUCAAUAUAAAUUUGCAAUUGAAAAAAUAUUGCCCAUGAGCAGUGAGGAAGGCCUCCUUGCAGAAGUGAUGGCUGAACUGAGCCCCAAGGAAGGGCAGGUAAAGGGGGGGAAAGGAGCAUCCGUGUGGAGGGAGCAGCAAGCACAAGGGGAGGGUGGCUAUGAAAUGGGAUUGGGGAGGUCAGUAGAGACGGGCUCAUGCAGGCCCAGUGGGCCAUGUGAAGAAUGUGUUCACCCUAAAACCGACAGAAAACAAAAUCACUGAUAUGAGGGCCAGGAUGGGGUAGGGAGUGUGACAGAAUCAGACUUGAGAUUUAAAAAGACUACUGUGGCCACUCUGUGGAGUACAGAUUACAGGGAGAUGAAUCCCUGAAGAAUUUUGAUGCUAUUGCAGUGGUCCAGGCAAGAGAUGCUGGUAGCUUGGACUUGGCUAGUGGCUAAUAGAGACAGAGGGAGAAAGAUGCAAGAUAUGUUUAGGAGGUAAAAUCAGAAGGGCUUGAUGUCAGCUGAAGUUGUGCAGAGCAAGCCUGAACAUGUCAUUGGUGCAAACACAAGCAUCGUUGAUGUUUUUUAAUAGGAACAUCUGGUGAAAGCCCAUGAUGGAGUCUUGAUGUCGACACUGAUUGGAAAAUGGGCCAAGAGAAGCAGCAGUUACCAAACCUGCUUGCAUAACAGAACAGCCUGGGGCGUUGUUUUUUUUUUUCCUUAAUAUAAACUCCAGGGCUGUAUUCCCUAGAGUUUGAUUCAGUACAUCUGUAUGGAGUCUGGCCGUGAAAUCUGCAUUUUAAACACAUUCUUUGGGAGAUUCUGAGGCUCCCUGUCUGCAGGCACUGGUCUAAGGGACCUUGUGUCUCUGACACUUGAUCCAGGGUCCCCGUGGGAAGAAGCAGGGCAUGUGCCCCAAAAAGUUCAUUCUGCUUGCUCUAGAGUCACUUCUCUUCAGGAGGCUGCAUAACAUGACCUUCUAAUUUUUCCCAAACCCAAUACAACCCAAAUACAUUCCUUGGGAGCAGCUGAGGAAGGUCACUCAGAGUGCCCACAUGUGUGCAUGCAUCCCAGCAAACACACACACUCCAUGCAUUCCUAACAUUCCUAGGGCUGGAACUAAGAAAUCACAGUGAACAUACCCACCCAAUUAACACCAUUCCUGGUGGGUUCUAAGGACUUACUGAGACAGUUCAAGCCAUAGACAUAGGCCCCUCAAAGGCCUAGCAGUUUACAAGGAGAGAUUCCACAGAUAGACACUUAUGGUCUGGGAGGUGUUGCCCUGUUCAGUGACUAGCAGGAAAUGUGCUAAGUUUAAUUUUCCUCCCUGGAAUAGACACCAAAAUAUUUGUGCUAAAAAUGCAGUCUAGAUUCAUUGCCAAGAGGGUGGUGAAAUCUUGAUGAUUUCCUUUCUUCGCUCUGACAUACCAGUCUGUAAGCUCACAACCACAGGUAGGGUUCAUGACUAGAUAGAAAACAAUCCUACUAUUAGCUGAUAACAAACACAUUGUCCAGCAAAUGGUAUAAAACAUUACUUUUCUCAUCAUGUGAUUUUUUUUCAGUUCACACAGAGUCCUCCAUGAUAAGAGUCUGAAGGGUCCUUUCUCUAACCUUCUUC